UGGCGGGUGAAUAUUGGGAUUCUCCUCGAUAAACCCUACUAUCGAAAUCAUGAUCGCACAUGCUAGCCAUCUCCAAUGUCUGUGCAUUCUGCCGUAACCCUAGCAUUUCGAACCUGUUCAUUAUUCCCAAAAACCCCAGGCUCCUUCGGCCCGUGCCUUCAAUGGCGUCUUCGAAGGUCGUUGCUGAGUACGCGAAGUCAGGUCGGUCUUCGUGCAAGAAGUGCUCGAAGGCGAUCGCCGCCAAGGCCUUCAGGCUGGGGCUGGUGAGCCGAGACGCAAGAGGUUUCGACAUGACCAAGUGGCACCACUUCAACUGCUUUCCCUUGGAUUCGAAGGACUCGGUUGCUUCGUCUGAUGAGAUCAAAGGGUUCUCUUCACUGACGAGUAGUGAUCAGGAAACUCUAAAGAAACUGAUCGAGGAAAGUGCCUGCCCAACAGAAAAGGUUGUUGAUGGAGCUGAAGAUGAAGGAAGUGAAACGAAAAUUGCUAGAAGUUCAAGGGUCCGUAAGACAGAUAAAGGUGGAAAUGAUGACCUGGAAGAUAGGAAUGCAAAGAAAAUAAAGUUGUCUGUGAAUUCUGAAGGAGCCAAGCUGGGCAUAUCUUUUUCACUUUCUGAUGCCAAGGAUAAAUAUAAGGAUGCUACACUUUUACUGAAGUGGAAAGCAUUUCAGACAGUCAUAUUCCUUGAACAGGAUGAGGGCCUUCAUGAUUCAGGAAAGAUUGCUGCAUUUGAUUUUGAUGGAUGUCUUGUGAAUACAUCUAUGAAAAGAGUGGGUGCAGAUGCUUGGUCGCUUAUGUAUUCUUCAAUACCAGAUAAACUGCAAAGGUUAUAUAGUGAAGGCUACAAGCUGGUGAUAUUUACCAACGAAUCUAACAUUGAUCGCUGGAAGAAUAAGAGACAAGUAGCUGUGGACUCAAAAAUUGGACGACUGAGCAAUUUUAUCAAGCUCGUGAAGGUCCCGAUUCAGGUAUUCAUAGCUUGUGGAAUAGGUAAAUCUGAUAGCAAAACAGAUGACCCCUUUCGCAAACCAAAGCCUGGGAUGUGGCAUCUUAUGGAACAGCACUUCAACUCUGGCAUUUCAGUUGAUAUGGAUCAAUCAUUUUAUGUUGGUGAUGCAGCUGGGAGACCAAAUGAUCACAGUGAUGCUGACAUCAAAUUUGCCCAGGCCAUUGGUUUAAAAUUUUUCGUUCCAGAAGAAUACUUCAGCACGUAGAGAGCAUCUGGUCGUUGGACUGUGAUUCAUGAAAUUCCUGUCCUCUUUCUUUCUGGCAACUAACUACUGUUUAUCUAAAAACAAACCAACUGUUGUGUAUUCAUGGUAGUAGGAAGUCACUGUAAAUACCGACCACUGCUUAUCGAAAAACUAAUGAACUGUUGUUAGUGCUA